UUCAAAUUUAAAUCAAAAUUUCCACCACCAUCAACUCUGCCCUAUGAUAAAGCUAAUGCAGAUACUUUUCUGCCAUCUGCUGGUAUACACCAAAAAGACAACCGCCAAGAAUAUUUCCAAUAGUUUAUAAGGUGUCAGACACUGUCUACUGGAGGUAGUUGUGCAAGACUUUGUGUCACCAGCCACACCUUUCCACGCCCCUUCGACAAGUGGUGAUUACACCAAAGCCAGGCUCGGAGCUAUAAGCAGGUUGACUUUGGUUAUGGGGUUAGAAUCUACAGGGGAGCUCAAGUGUCAGGUCAUAUUGAAACAUGUUGGGAACAGCCUUUUUGCUUCUUAAUGGACUGCUUCUACUUCUACUUCUUUACACCACUCGCAGAAGAAAUAAAAAUGAGCCUCCUCUUGAUAAGGGCUCCAUCCCGUGGCUCGGCCAUGCUUUUGAGUUUUUAAAGGAUCCUGCAAAAUUUUUGGCACGCAUGAAAGACAAACAUGGAGACAUCUUCACGUUUCGUCUCGCUGGCAUUUAUGUGACAGUGCUGUUGGAUCCAAACUCCUUUGAUGGUGUCUUGAAUGAUGACACCAACAGCUUUGACUUCAACAAUCGCAGAGGCCAGCUCUUGAAAAGGAUCUUCAACCUGCAGCUCCCAGGCGACUAUCCUUCUUCUGAAAAAAAAUGGAUGGAAAAACAUUUUCACGGUGUCAAUCAGCUGAAGCUCAGCACCUCCAUGACUGCUCACCUUUCCGACGUGAUGCUGAAAAGUUUUGAACCCCGCAGCCCGUCACAGUGGAGAGAGGAUGGAUUAUUUGAGCUCUGUUACAGUCUUCUUUUCAGGGCUGGAUAUCUCACAUUGUUUGAGAGGAAGGAUGAUGUCGAUGCCGUCUACCGGGAGUUCCGCAAGUUUGAUGAGCUACUCACCAAACUGGCUCGAGGUUCACUGAAACGAGAGGAAAGAAGAGUGGUCGCCACGUCCCAGGAUCGACUGUGGGACCUGCUGUACUCAGGUCGUGUGAACGGUUCCUGGCAACAGAGCUACGUUCAGUUCCUGGAGGAAAUGGGGGUAGAUGCAGACAUGCAGAAGAAAGCGCAACUGCUGCAGCUGUGGAACACCCAGUGCAAUGCUGGACCGGCUGCCUUCUGGGUCCUCGGCUUCCUGCUCACUCACCCUGAGGCAAUGGAGGCUGUUAAGUCAGAGAUCAGAGGCCUUCCUUCUCUCCAGGAUACUUCCCUGCAGCGACGCCCCUUGAACCAGCUGGAAGCACAGAGCACACCUGUGUUUGAUAGCGUUUUGAGUGAGACCUUACGGCUCACUGCCGCAGUAAUGAUCAAUAGAGAAGUUGUUAAAGACAAGAUCCUUCGGAUGGCCAAUGGAAAGGAGUACCACCUCAGACGUGGGGAUCGAGUGUGUCUGUUUCCUUUCCUCAGCCCUCAGAUGGACCCACAGAUUCAUGAAGAACCACAGAUGUUCAAGUAUGAUCGAUUCCUAAAUGAAGAUAAAACGGUGAAGAAGGAAUUCUACAAGAACGAGAAAAAGCUGAAGUACUUCACCUUGCCUUGGGGCGCGGGGAAGAGCAUCUGCGUCGGAAAGGAGUUUGCUGUUACAGCCAUUAAACAAUUUGUGUUCCUGUUUUUGACCCACUUUGAUCUGGAGCUUUGCAGCCCCAACGAUAAACUUCCACCAGUUAAUCCCAGUCGCUUUGGCUUCGGGAUGCUCCAGCCAGAUGGAGAUCUGCGGGUGAAAUUCAGACUCAAGACGAUGCAGCAUGAAAUGUGAAGUGUUGUAAAGCUUCACAAUGUCUUGUUUGAUAAACUUUGUUUUGGUUGAAUGUGGAA